GGGAAGAAAAAGCAGUCCUCGUCCAGGGGAGGCAAUCGGAAGGAGGCAAGAGGCGGGCAGGGGUUACCAAAGGAAGGCACCCCGGUUCCGCAAAGGUUAAGACGCCCCGCCCCCGGCGCCGGAGGGUCCCGCCCCCGCCCCGCCGCUGAUUUAGCUGGUGGCGUUGCCUUGGCCGCCGGCUUUGGGCUGCCUGUGGUCCGGGUUAGGGACGCAUCGUCGGAGAGCAGCGGGCAGAUGCCAGGCAUCUGAGCGCGAAUGCAAUUCUCAAGACCAGGAUGAAUGAAUGCCACUAUGAUAAACGCAUGGACUUCUUUUAUAAUAGGAGUAAUGCUGAUACGGCGGACGAGUGGUCAGGGACGACUCUUGUAAUUGUUUUAUGUUUUGGCACCUUUUUUUGUUUCUUUAUUUUCCUUUCAAACUCAUUGGUCAUAGCUGCUGUAGUAAAAAACAAGAAGUUCCACUACCCCUUUUAUUAUUUGCUAGCCAACCUCGCUGCUGCAGAUUUUUUUGCAGGUAUCGCUUAUGUAUUUUUGAUGUUCAACACUGGCCCAGUGUCAAGAACAUUAAGUGUAAACAGAUGGUUUUUGCGCCAGGGACUUUUGGACACAAGUUUGACAGCUUCUCUGGCCAACUUACUGGUAAUUGCUGUUGAGCGGCACAUAUCUAUUGUGAAGAUGAGGGUUCAUAGUAAUCUCACCAAGAAGAGGGUCACGUUUUUUAUUUUGUUGAUCUGGGCCAUAGCGAUUUUCAUGGGCGCGGUGCCCACAUUGGGCUGGAAUUGCCUGUGCGACAUUUCCACCUGCUCUUCUCUAGCUCCUAUUUAUAGCAGGAGUUAUUUGAUAUUUUGGACAGUCUCCAAUCUGGGAGUUUUCUUCAUCAUGGUUGUUGUAUACAUAAGAAUCUACAUGUAUGUCCAGAGAAAAACAAAUGUUUUGUCUCCGCAUACUAGUGGAUCCAUUAGCCGCAGGAAAACUCCAAUGAAACUUAUGAAGACCGUCAUGGCAGUGUUAGGUGCUUUUAUUGUGUGCUGGACUCCUGGACUUGUAGUACUACUCCUUGAUGGUUUGAAUUGCACUCAUUGUGAGGUUCAGAAUGUGAAACGGUGGUUCCUUCUCCUAGCUCUGCUGAACUCUAUCAUGAAUCCAAUAAUUUACUCUUACAAAGACGACGAGAUGUCAAAUACUAUGAGGCGCAUGAUUUGUUGCUCAUUUGAGGAGAGAAGCCAGGAGCGCCGGUCUUCAAGGAUCCCCUCUGCGGUGCUCGGCAGGAGCAUAGAUUCCUCUAGUCAGUACUUGGAAAAUGGCAUUAGUCAAGUGACUAUCAGUGGCAAAGAAAAUACAUGAAUUCUUCUCUUCCUCCAAAUGGGGACUGCAGCGGGGGUAGGCCACAAUCCAAAUGAUCUCUGAACCACCUGAGAUCACUGAACCCUGAAACCACAGAAGAAUAUGUUCUCUGUACCAAAACCCAGAUCCCAGGGUUACCUGACAUCUUUGUAAAUAAUUACUGGAUGGGAAAAAUGUACUUGAAGGGAUGUGAAAGAAUAGAAGGAGUGGUUUCAACUCUGCAGUGUUCCUUAUAAAUCUGGAAACAGUACAAGCAGCAUUAUGGAGUCUCCUUCCUCAGAGGUCUAGGCAGUGGUGAGAUGUCACUGUGCCAGGGCUGCACCUUAACAGCCAAUUGUGGUGAGGUGGCAGGAUCAGCUUCUCAGGUGAUGGGAGGGGGGGGGAGGACUUCUUCCUCAAGUGAGGCUUUAUUUUUACAUCUUUUGAGGGCUGCCAUCCCGUUACAUUUUGGGUGCCUGGCACAAAAGUACCUCAGUUGCCAAACAUUGGACUCUCUCUCAGCGCUCAGCGCUUCCUUCUGACAAACAUCUAUUCAGAAUUGGGCAUUAAGCAAAUACUCCAAAGCAAAGAGUGCUUUUCUGCCACUACAACAAAGCAGCUGGUUAGUUCUCUGGUGCCAAGUAAAGCAUUUUAGUGGCCCAGCAAGUAGGAGAAGACACUCUCUGGUGGCAAGAUGGAUUGCACCACUAUUGCAGAUUUGGGGUUGUUCCCUUUUAAUAAAAAGCCACACAGAUAACCAGGAUAUUAGGGAAUAAUGUGAACAAGUUUCUCCACAAUGUUCCAGUUCUUUACAUGAAGGGCUUUCUCUUUUGUGACUAUCAUUUCUAUAAUAGAGAUUAUUCGGUCCGUUUGCUACCUCUCUUCUGUCUGAAGUGGUACACCCCAGACAUCAAUUUCUUUGGGAAGAAGCUAGGCCUGAAUUAGUUUGGUUAUUCAAAGUGGCUUUUAAAUUGUUUGCUUUAGUAGCAGCCUACAGCUGCUCUGAACUCAGUGAGACUUGCUUCUGAGUAAAUAUAGUCGGCUGUUUAGUUUUAUAAAUGGAACAUUAUACGUGUUCUGCAAUUAAGCGUUUUAAUAAAGAUUUUUCAGGCUGUAAAUGUGAGCUGUAGAACCAGCAUUUGUCCUUUAGCUGCUAUUUAACUCUACCCCACCCCCAAUCUGUAUAAACUGGUAGUUUCCACGCAUGGCAUUUUCUGCUUCAGCGGGGCAAUAUUUAAUAGCAUUCUAAAAUUUUUUAGAGCAUGCUAAAGUCCCCCAAAUAAGUUAUUCCAUGCACAUGUAGCUCCCAUGCCAUAUUAAUACGUCCAAAAAUUAUUAGCAUCUGUUUUAAUUGGAGUGGACUUAUUAUGGUAUGCCAUUAAAAAUAUAAAGGAUUUUGCCUCACAAUCAUUUAUGUACAUUGCAACCCAGUGUAUUGCUAACAGAAGAACAUUAGACAUUUUGUUAGUGAACUGAAUUUCUUGAAUGCAUAUGAAUUAUCAGUAUAGUCAAGGUAGUAUGUUAUAACCAGAAGAAAAAGAGAAAAAGGCAACAAUAUUUAUCAGCUGUAUUUGAUAGCAAUAAUCUUUUUAGGUUAGUAUAAGAUCCUGGAAAGAUUUCUGCAAAAACAUGAGAAUUUGUAUAUACUUUUAUUACAAUAUUUUAAUUUUAAAAAAUCUUAAUAUGUACAGAUUGCUUUUCAUAUGUUACUUUUUAAAUGGUUUAAUGCCUGUGGAAAGAAUGAAGAAAAGGAUUAUCUAGUGUUUAAAAUAAAUGCUUUGUAUUUGAUUUUGAGCACCUCAAGUUACUGGUUUUUUUAAAGAAGAAAUGCUAAAGGUCUAAUCACACAUGAUGUUAAUCUCAUUAUUGCAACCAUAUUUAUUUAAUCACAUGUGAUGAAUAGGUAAUGAUGGAUAGUUUCUAUUGAGGGGUGGUUUGUGUUUCUUUUUCAUGCUGUAAUUGUCUUAAAAAUCCUGCCUGCAACUAACAAAAAACAAUCACUAAGAUUACGUAUGGUUAAGUUCCAAAAAGUUGACCAAACUGUUCCCAUAAAAAAAGGACAAGGAAUAGCUGCUUUCCAAGGUGAGGGGAAAAUACUAUUUGUUAUUUAUACAGUAUGUACUCAUUUAUUCUGCAACAUGAAUAUUUUGGCUUCAGUUUGGAAAUAACCAUGUAUUGAAAGAAAGAGGUGCAUUUUCUCUUCCUGUGUGUUCCUGGCAUGAAAAGGAAUCAAAGGAGACCAAAUUAAUUUAACUUGAUAGGCUAACUCAGAUGUAAGCCUCAUUCUUUUAAAAGAAGUAUUUUUUUUCUUCUAAAAGAAUUUCAUUGUAAGAAUGAAAGGAAACAUUGUAUUCUGGAUUUUCUGCUGUUAGAACCUGCAGAGGCAUAUGAGAGAAUUUGUUGUUAGAUCUCCUAGAAGAGCUAAGAAUGAUGAAACAACUUGCCUGCUAUUGUUUGUUACAGCUAUAUAUUUUUAUGAUUUUAUGAUUUUACAUUUAAGACAGUUAAAAAAUAACAGGCCACCCUAGAAACAAAAAUAACCUAUCUAUGAUUCUUGGUAAAAAUAAAAGUUUCAGAAUCUUAUUUCAGUUUUCUUCACUUCUCAGUGGUUUAAUCAUUCUCCAAACUUCAUUUAAUUCUUAUACAGAUAGUCUAGGUUUCUGAGCACAAUUGGGACCAGCAUUUUAGCCAUUAAGUGAAGUGGUCACUAAGUGAACCUGACUGUACUUAAGAACUUACAUCAACUUUCCAUUGCCUUACAGAGCUGCAGGGUCAUAAAUGUGGAAACUUGUUGCAAAGUUACUUUUUCAUCAACAUUACAACUUCACUAAACAAAUCAGUUGCUAAAUGAGGACUGCCUCUAUGUACUUUCUUGUUUCCUAUUGUAUCCUUCACUAGAAGCAUUCCAUGAGAACAAAAUCUCAUCCCCAUGCCAUUGUCUCCUUGGUUCUAAUUUUUAUAUAGCGUUUAGUUUUUUUAAUUUUUUCUAUAUUUUUUUUACCAAGCUGCCCAGAGUUUUAUCAGUGAGAGGGGCAGCAUAUACAUUUUAUAAAUAAAUAACACCAUUAUCUCUUUUCCAGUGUAGCACACUCUUCCCUUACCUUUAAAAAAAAACUAACUCCAGUUCUCUAUUUUUCUAUCCUUUGUAUCUGAUCAAAUUAUUUAUAGUCCCAAAAAAAUAAAACACAAGUACAAAAGUAUAAGUAAAAAGCUUAAAAUACAGAAAACCAAAUCUGAAAAAAAUUAGAGGAGAAUAUCAAACUUGCUUCGAUAAGCCAUAGUUAUUGCUAAAAGCUUUUACUUUUGAUUGUGCUAAGGUUAUGGUACUGCACAGGCAUUGUGAAUAAAUAUUUCCAGCAGCUUCAGUCAAUUAACAUGACCAUUGUAGAGAUGUUGCGACUAGUAACAUCCAGAGGACCAAAGAGUGCCUAUCCUUGAUCUAUUUCAAUUCUUUAAUGAAUACAAAAUUGUGAUGCAGAAUAAAGCUAUAUUUCUAAAAAAUACUACUUCCACAGAAUAAGGGUCCCUCUCAACUUCUGACAUAGUCUUUUGCACAGUGGUGCCCCCUGGAGAACAUAAUUUUCCUGAUAGAUAGAAACUCUCCUGAUAGUUGAAUAGAGGCACUUGAAAUAGGAAGGCAAAUAAGAAUCUACAAGUAGUUCUCUUUCUCUCUGCGCAGCUUUGAAAAUCUGCUUCUUCUCCUCACACAUAAAAAUAUGAUUCAAAUAGUAGCUUAUUGCUUUAUCUAUUGUAUCUCUCUGACUUUUUUUCAUGCUCCAUUUCCUUCAUUUUCUCUGAGAACUACAGCUAAAGCUAUUUGCCUCUCCCAUAAUUCCAACCUUAUGGCACUUGCUCUCAACCAUCUAAGUAGCUCCCCAUCUUACUUGAAAAUUCCUUCAGCUACACAUUCACACCCCCAACCUUUUCCUAUAUCAAUCUAGCCACUCUAUGCAUCUGAUGAAGUGAGCUUCAGCUUAUGUCUUUUAAGAUAUUAGUCAGAAAAGUACUAUAAGCCACCUUCUGAGACUUAAGUAUUUAGGGCUGCACUUGUGUACUAUAAUGGUAAUCUAUCCACAUUAAUCAGAAAGCCAACGAGAGAGUAGGGAGAGGAGAGGGAGUGAGUGUUCAAGCAUGGUCAUUCAGUUAGGUUAUAUUCCUAUGAAUAAACACCUAUUAAAAGCAGUGAUUAUGACAAAUUCUGGUAUUUUUAAAAAAAAUAUCCCACUUUUUUUAAUGUGCUUUCCUCAAUAGUUUCAACCAGGAAUGCAGGCUGCUGCCUACAGCUUUUAAGUGGGUGGAGUAAUCAAUUUAUUAUAGUCAGAGGCAAGGUAAGGCAAGAUUUUGAGGACAACUGCCUAUAUAAAUAGGGAAUAUCAAGUUAAGCGAUGUUAUAAACCACCUAGAGUCACCUCUUGAUAAGAUGAGUGGCAUAUAAGUUUGAUAAAUAAAUCUGGGUGGAUGUCAAGAUGGCAGCCACAGCUACAGGAACAAAAACCCUGCUCUUUUUCACAUGCAUUGUAUAUGAAAUGGAUUAAAAUAAACUGACAUAUUGAGCUAAUACUACUUUCUAGAGAACAUGAGAGGAGGUGAUAAGGUAAGACCACCAACAACUCUAUGAACUUAAAUGUGUGGCAAAUCACAAAAUGGAAGUCUUAUCUGUCCUGUGCAUGCCCAACGUGGAGAAAAAUGAACUCUGCUAUCAAGAGCACCACCUGGAAAGAGAAGAGUCCCAGUGCCAGAUUAGUGGAAAAGCCUGAGGUGGAAAGUUCCCAUUGCUCCUUCUUUAAGAGAAAUGAGAAAUGAGUAUGCAUUUUUAAGGAAUGGCAACUAAUGUUAAGCAAUAUUUUUAAGGCUUAUAAAGAAUUUGAAAAUGUUUGAUC